UCGUUCCCCCCACUAGCCCCCAAAAUUAGCCCUCCAUUCUUCCUCAAAAAUAACUCCACUCCUUCCUCGUCUCUCUCUCUCUCCAUUUCAAAAACCAGAUCUACAUCUCCCUCUUUCUCUUGCUCUUCUCUUCUUCUUCUUCUUCUUCCUCCUUUUCUUUCAACAAUGGCGGCAGCACCUUCUGCUCGUGAGGAGAGCGUCUACAUGGCCAAGCUCGCUGAGCAGGCCGAGCGCUAUGAGGAGAUGGUCGAGUUUAUGGAGAAGGUAUCAGCCUCCGUCGACAGCGAGGAGCUUACUGUCGAGGAGCGGAACCUUCUCUCCGUUGCCUACAAGAACGUCAUCGGAGCUCGACGAGCUUCCUGGCGUAUUAUUUCCUCCAUCGAGCAGAAGGAGGAGAGCCGUGGCAACGAGGACCACGUUUCCACGAUCCGGGACUACAGAGGUAAGAUCGAGUCUGAGCUCUCCUCGAUCUGUGAUGGGAUCUUGAAGUUGCUUGACACGAGGUUGAUUCCCUCUGCAUCUUCCGGGGAUUCUAAGGUGUUUUACUUGAAGAUGAAGGGAGAUUACCAUAGGUAUCUAGCCGAGUUCAAGACUGGAGCCGAGAGAAAGGAGGCUGCUGAGAGUACCCUCACUGCUUACAAAUCUGCUCAGGAUAUUGCAAAUGCAGAGCUUGCUCCAACUCACCCAAUCCGUUUAGGGCUUGCUUUGAACUUCUCAGUGUUUUACUAUGAAAUUCUUAAUUCUCCUGAUCGUGCUUGCAAUCUGGCUAAACAGGCUUUUGAUGAGGCAAUUGCUGAGUUGGAUACUCUGGGAGAGGAGUCAUACAAGGAUAGCACGUUGAUCAUGCAACUUCUCCGUGACAAUCUCACUUUGUGGACUUCCGACAUGCAGGUAAGGGGCAUACUUUUUGUUCUGUCUAUGUUUAACUACAUUUUUGUUUCGAUUAAUUAUUUCUUAACAUUUUUUUUAAAAAAAAUCCAGGAUGAUGGAGCCGAUGAGAUUAAAGAAGCAUCUAAACCCACCGAUGAACAGCAGUGAUAAUGCUUCCGUGCAAAUUAGGAUUGAACCCCGCUAUAUGUUUUUUAUUAGUAGAAGGUGCUUGUUGCUAAUUUGCUUGAUGUUCUGAGAUUUAGGUAUUCUUGUAUUGGUGAUGGAUUGUGGACGCACCAAGCUUCUUUUUCCCCCCAUUUGUGUUUUAAUUUGUCAUAUCAAAUUGUCUUUGAAUCCUUAUUUUCUCGAUCCUAUUGAAGCUUAUAUGCGUUCAGCGUUAAA